AUGACAGAGAAUACCACACCAGUUGUAGCACCAGUCGAACCAGUAGCAGCAGCUCCAAAGAAGAAGAUCUGUUGUGCCUGUCCAGACACCAAGAAGCUCAGAGACGAAUGUAUUCUUACCAACGGUGAAGACAAGUGUUUUGAAUUCAUUGAGAAACACAAGAUGUGUCUUAGAGCUGAAGGUUUCGAUAUCUAA